AAGUGGCAGCUGUACAUUGAAAGACAACCUCUGCGAUUCUUUGAUCGAGAACUGCUUCCCCAUUUGGUCUUCGUUACAAAGCGAUUAGCGGAGUUUGUAGGAUGUUCCCCAACAGACUUGGUGCUGGUACCGAAUGUCACAACGGCGAUGAACACUAUUGUAAGAAGUCAGGACCUGAAGGCAGGAGAUACAGUGUUCAUGCUCGGUGAUACCUAUGGUGCUGUGAAGAAGCUUCUCCGACAGGUGUGUGAAGAACAAGGGGCCGUACUACAGGAGGAGUGUCUGGAGUAUCCACUGACAGGGCCUGGACAGAUAAUUAAAAAGGUGGAGGAGACUCUGCGCCCAGGGACGAGGCUUGCUGUGUUUGAUCACAUUCCCAGCCAAUCUGUGUUCAUUAACCCUCUGGAAGAAAUCAUCGGCAUCUGUCGACAAAGCUCCCUAGAUGCUGAUUACUACACAUCCAACUGCCACAAGUGGUUCUGCAGUCCCAAAGGUUGUGCUUUCAUGUUCGUUAAACCACAGCUACAACCUUCCUUAAGGCCACUUAUAAUCUCACAUGGAUAUGGCUUUGGCUUCCAUUCGGAGUACAUCUGGACAGGGUUGAAGGACUACACGGCAAUCUUGGCUCUACACACCGUGUUGGACUUCUGGGAGUCUGUGGGCGUUCAAAGGAUCCGGGGUUACAUCAAAGGCCUUAUGACCCAGGCUGUGGAUUUACUGGUGGGCCGAUGGAAAACUGGGCUGCUAGCCCCGAGAGAGAUGUUUGGAUCCAUGGUGUGCGUUCGACUUCCAGAGAGCCUUCAGGAGGACAGGGCUGCAAACUACGAGCAUGCGGAGACAAUCCAGAACGCACUUUACAGCCGCUAUAACAUUGAGGUUCCCGUCAAGGCUUUGGCAGGAUUGUUGUAUGUGCGGGUCUCUGUACACAUGUACAAUGAGCUGGAGCAAUACCAGAAGCUCGCAGAUGCCGUCGAAGAGAUGAUGUCCAAAUAGGCGAAGCGUGUAGGUGCGAUGUUUAAACCAAAGAUAGACACAAAAAACUGCAGUAACACAGUGGGCUGGGCAGCAUCUCUGGAGAAAAGGAAUAGGUGACGUAUCGGAGGCUGAAGGGGGGUCACGACCCAAAACAUUCUUCUCGGAGGGAGAUGAGGAGGAAUUUCUUCAGUCAUAGGGUUGUAAAUUUGUGGAGGCCGUCAAUUACUAUUUUUAAGGCAGAGAUAGAUAGAUUCUUGAUUAGUACGGGUGCCAAGGGUUAUGGGGAGAAGGAGAUUACGUGCCUUAUAGAUUCUCAGCAUUACAUCCCUGUUUUUGUAUGCAAGCCCUCUUGAAAUAAAUGCUAGCAUUUAGUUUGCUUUCUUUAGACAGUAGACAAUAGACAAUAGGUGCAGGAGUAGGCCAUUCGGCCUUUCUAGCCAGCACCACCAUUCAAUGUGAUCAUGGCUGAUCAUCCCCAAUCAGUACCCCGUUCCUACCUU